UAAAAGGAAAACUAAAAUAUACAAAAACAUCUGCACACUAAUAAAACUAUUCAUUUCCAACAUGACAUCUCUCCAUGAAUUGGACCCCCCCCCCCUGCCUCCUGCUUCCUGUAGGUCAAGAGGAAGGGAAGAGAUUGAAGAGCCAACAUGGGAGUAGAGAUUGAGACCAUAACUCCGGGAGAUGGACGGACCUUCCCGAAGAAGGGGCAGCGCGUCGUGGUUCAUUACGUCGGCACUCUGGCCGAUGGGAAGGUGUUUGACUCCUCGAGGACCCGGGGGAAACCGUUCAAAUUCAAGAUUGGACACCAGGAGGUGAUCCGAGGCUGGGAGGAAGGAGUAGCGCAGAUGAGUGUGGGUCAGCGGGCGAAGCUGAUUUGCUCUCCGGACUUUGCGUACGGCAGCAAAGGACACCCGGGCAUCAUCCCGGGCGACGCCACGCUCACCUUCGACGUGGAGCUCAUCGGCCUGGAAGCCUGAACUCUGCUCUCAUUUUGUCUAAUUCCACUCAAAUCUUCAGGGUUGACUCCUAUCUCGGGAACAUGGAGGAAAGCGGGCGGAUGAUUCCUGCCCGUGAUCCCUGCAUAGGACCUGUGUCUCUCUCCUCACCUCUUCACUCUCCUCUCAUCUAGAAGCCAUCGUGUUUCCUGUCACUUGCUUUAAAAACGUUAUCCUCCAGUUCUCCUCUCUAGGUUCCAUUCAGUAAUAAGUCAUAGGCCACCCCCCCACCCCCGUGUUUUGUCUGCUAUGUAUUUUUAUGGUGAUGUUUUUUAUUUUUUAUCUGACUUUACAAAUUGUGUCUGCCACCAGGAGCAGGUUUUAGAUCAAACGUGUCAUAAAUAUUCAAUCAGUGUCAUUCCUGUGGCUCCGUGGCCUUUACAAAUUGUAUUGAUCGCCGGUUUGGACUUUUAAAAGAAACGUUGUGAUGCGUGAUCACUUUAUUGGGUUUAAUCUAAAGAAUGAACACGUCGUGAACCAGGGGUUUAUGAAUUAAGCACAGUAUCGCCGUGCAGGUCUCUGUCCGACCUGCAGCAUCGUUUCUUAAUUUAUAAGAGUUAAUAUUCACAGCGGGACGGAUCCAGUCCUGGCUCGUAAAACACCCGGGGAAACGUCUUAUUUUGGAUGCAUAAACAGAAGGUUUUGGUCUCUGGUUUAAAUAAAGGUGCAUGGGGGGCUCCCCGCGGAGACCUGUCGGCACGUCUCUGGGUUUGUGGUUAUCUUUGUUUGAAGGAGUUGUGUGUACGCUGUGGAUGAUGUUGUAAAGGUCUGUCUUUACUCUAAACACAUUAAAAGAGUAAUUUUAACACAAA